CAAUGAUCGGGUUGGGAGGAUGGGGUUGGGAGAGAUGAGCAUAUCAUUACCCGUAGGCGGCCGCAGUCCGUAGCCAUUUUGGCUCAAGCGGCCUCCCGACACGCGCGGGCGCCGGUGGGAGGCCCGGGAUGCCGUCCGUGGCCGUGUUUUUUGUGUUGGCGUUGGCCUUAGGCAUCGCCGCCUUUGUCGUUCGCUGGUACCUGGCCGCCUACCCGCGGCGCGUGACGGGCGCUGGCGGGGGCCCGUUCGACCCGAAGGUGCAGGCAGCCAUCGACAGCGACCCAGAGCUCAGAAAGAUGAUGGAGGACAUCAAGACGAACGGGCCCUCCGCGGCGCAGAAGUAUUUCGGCAACGAGGAGCUCAUGGUCAAGAUGAGCCGCAUCUCUGCGGCCUCUGGCCAGGUGCUGGGAGCCCCGGGCAGCAGCCGGGUGCCCGCUGCAGAGCCUGCGGGCCCCAGGGACGAGAAGCAGGAGCUGCGAAGGAGAGCGCAGAAGGACAGGCGCACGAAGGCGUCGCAGGGCAAGAGCGCCGCGCAGAUAGCGGCGUUCGAGAAGCAGCGCGACAAGGACGAUGCCGAGGCGUGGGAGGCGAUGCAGCGCGAGAUGGCGGAGCUGGAGAGCCGCAAGUGAGGCACGCCUCCUCUCCCUCCUCAUCCCUCUCCUCCACUCUGCCCGUCGGCAGGAGCUGGGGGAGUCGCAUUGCAUCCUGCCUUCUCCGCCACGAGGGUAGCGACAACAACAAAACAACAGCAAAAGAAAGUAGGCGGCCGAAGGCACCGUUCAUUGCACCCGGAUGCUGUUGCUCAUACCCUUCCUCCUCCCACUCCCUCCUUCCUAACACGAUAAUUGUUCUCCUCAAUAUGCCUCGGACCAUUUCGGAGAACGAGCAAUGAC